AUUGAUCAAACAAAUCAUGUUCUAUCCUCUCAGUUCUUAUUCAAUCUUGUUCUUACUCUUCUCCCUAUUCUACCAUCUUCCUUGUGCUUCAAGUAAACAAGGACUUGGGUGGUGUGAGUCUCUGUUUCAGUGUGGGAACAUCACUGCUGAUUUCCCCUUUUGGGGCGGGAAUCGUCACAAACCUUGUGGUCAUCCGUUGCUAGAGCUUCACUGCAACGAUAACAUCACUUCUCUAUUCAUCUCAAAUCAAGAGUUCUAUGUUCGUCAACUAAAUCAAACUUCUAACAUUCUUACGCUUGCUAGAUCAGACCUUUUAGGUUCCUUUUGCUCAUCCUCUGUAUACAAUACCACAACCUUGCCUCCCGAAAUAUUUGAGCUUUCCCCAAUUUACAAGAGCCUAACCGUUUCAUACCACUGUGAUCCAAAGCUUUCUUACCGCUCGAGUUAUACAUGUCCGGAUCUAGGUACUUUUUCAGUGUCUCAAACUCUUGAUUACCAGUAUUCUUGCCAAAACAGUUUCACAGUUAACGUUCCAACGAGUUUCAAUCCAGAAGAGAGAGGGUUGAAUUUGACCAAUUUGGAAAGUGUUCUAAGAAAAGGUUUUGAGGUGAAGUUGGUGAUUGAUGAGAUACCGUGUCAAGAAUGUUUAUCCACUCGUGGAAUCUGUGGUUUCAACAGUACGACACAGGUUUGCUGCAACGUAACCUCACCAUCUGGUGGAGUUACUUGCGUACCACAACAUCAACCUAGUGCUGAUGAGCUUUAUAGACGAUGCAGUGAAAGUUUUAGCUGUGGCAGUCAGAGAAAUCUCAAUUACCCCUUGUGGAAACCUGGCAGAGAAGACUGUGGCCACCCCAACUUCAAGCUCAACUGUAGCGGAGGAUUCGCAGAGAUAAACAUCGCCUCUGUUAAAUUCAGAAUCAUAGAAGCAUAUUACUCUUUGAUAAGACUCGCAAGAUCAGAUUAUAUUGGCGAUUUUUGUCCCGCAAACCCACUAAAUGCGCCAUUCAUUGAAAAAUUCCUUCCAGUCCUCCAAUUCACUGGGGAGACAGAGCUUCUAACUUUCUACUACGGUUGUCGUUUCAAUUCCUCGGAUAUUCCUGCAAAUAUUUACGUUGGAGAGCUUGGUUGUGAUGAGGGAAGAAGUUACUAUGUGACGAGAAACCUGUCCUCUCCUUUACUUGACGGGUUUAGAGGCGUUUUGAACAACUUUAGUGAAAUGUGCAAAAGAAACGUCAGUGUUCCUGCGUCUGGACCCGCGUUAAACGAUCUGCAGACAAGUCCAAAUCCAGAGAAUCUGAAGAUGGCUCUUGAUCAAGGUUUUCGGCUUUUAGUUACAUCAGAAUGUGAAAGGUGCAGAGUUUCUGGCGGUGCUUGUGGAUAUAAUCAGACUUCAAGUGGGUUCGGGUGCUAUUGUAAAGAUGGUAAAUGCAGAUACGAUGAAAAUGUGGUCAUGUAUAUUCUCAUAGCUCUGGGUUCAUUAACAGGUCUUGUUAUUAUUUUCCUAGUGCUACUAUGCCCUUACUUUAGAGUCCAAAUUUUCCGAAAGAGACAAACAUCACAUGAUCUGAGACUACAGAAACUGAAGGCUCUUAUUCCACUCAAACACUAUACUUAUGCGGAAGUGAAGAAAAUUACAAAGUCAUUCACGGAGGUGAUUGGGAGAGGCGGAUUUGGAAUUGUUUAUAGGGGAACCCUUUGUGAUAGCCGUAUGGUUGCGGUAAAGGUCUUAAAAGAUUCAAAGGGUACUGAUGGUGAAGACUUCAUUAAUGAAGUUGCCAGCAUGAGCCAAACUUCUCAUGUCAACAUUGUUUCACUGCUUGGAUUCUGCUGUGAAGGUUCAAAAAGAGCAAUUAUAUAUGAAUUUUUGAGUAAUGGGUCGCUCGAUAAAUUCAUAUCGGACAAGAGCUCAAUUAGUUUAGACUUGACGGCACUCUAUGGGAUCGCGCUAGGAGUUUCUCGCGGUCUAGAGUACUUGCAUUAUGGCUGCAAAACAAGGAUCGUGCAUUUCGACAUUAAACCUCAGAACGUGCUGUUAGAUGAUAAUCUUUGCCCCAAAGUUUCUGAUUUCGGACUUGCUAAACUCUGCGAGAAGAAGGAGAGCAUCUUAUCAUUGUUGGAUACAAGGGGUACAAUAGGAUACAUUGCACCAGAGAUGAUCUCUCGAGUUUAUGGGAGUGUUUCUCACAAGUCGGAUGUCUAUAGCUACGGAAUGUUGGUCCUCGAAAUGAUAGGUGCAAGGAAGAAGGAAAGAUUUGAUCAAAACUCUGCAUCGAACGCAAGCUCAAUAUAUUUUCCAGAAUGGAUCUAUAAGGAUCUUGAGAAGGCCGACAGUGAGGAUAUUGAGAAGACAGACAAUGGAGGGCUUAUCGAGAAUGGAAUCAGCAGCGAAGAAGCAGAGAUAGCAAGGAAGAUGACAUUGGUGGGUUUGUGGUGUAUUCAGUGUUCCCCAUCAAACCGCCCACCAAUGAACAGAGUAGUAGAGAUGAUGGAAGGAAGCCUUGAAGCCCUUGAAGUGCCUCCGAGACCGGUCUUGCAGCAAAUUCCAACUGCGCCGCUGUCUGAAUCUUUUUGGAUUUCAGAGGAGAAUUCAAGCGCCUCCGAUACACUGAUAUGCUCCACAAAUUCAAAUCUGGAAUCUUCAAGUUUGUGAUAAGAAAAUCGUCGUGAAUAACACAUGUAUCUUCAUGAAUCUUUUUCUCUGUGUAACUGUGUUGAAUAAAAUUCAGGAAUGAGU